AUCGCCCUCGGACGUCCCGUCAGCCAAUCAGCGCUCACUACUACUGCAGCGCACUGUAGCUCUGCGCGAUGUCAUCGUAAACUGUAAUUCAUCAGUAGAUCUACGCUAGAUUCCGGAGGACGCGCCCAGCGGUUAAAUACUCGCCUAAGAAAAUGACUUUGCAGGCAGAAUUUAAACAGUACGCUGAGAACGUAAAGAAAGUGAAGACCAGACCAACAGACCAGGAGCUGUUGGAUUUGUAUGGCCUCUACAAGCAAGCUGUUGUUGGGGACAUUAAUAUUGAUAAACCUGGAAUUAUGGAUAUGAAAGGGAAAGCCAAAUGGGAAGCAUGGAAUUCAAGGAAAGGUAUGUCAAAUGAAGAUGCCAUGAAUGCCUAUAUUUCCCUGGCCAAGGACGCCAUUGAAAAGUAUGGAAUGUGAUGGGGGAAAUCUUCAUUCUUUAAGAAUAAAAAAGAUAUACAUUUUCACAAUGAAAAAGUAGCAAGAUAGUAUUAUAAUUUUCACCUAUUUACAAAACAAUCAUUUUAAUAUGUUUGAAUACUUUGUCUUACUGUAAUAAAGAUGAACAGAUUAGAAGAUAAUUGAUAUCAGUUUCUUUAUGAUACCACCUGAUUACUAGUCAUUACCAGUCAGGUGAGAGUUAAAGAUGUAAACAUGUAAUUUUGUUCUUAUGUCAUUUUCAUUUAAAGAGUGAACCACUGAAUAAAUCUGAUAGUCUAA